AUGGCAGGUGAUGUGGUGGUGGAGCUUCAUCCAGACACGUUCUCCGGUUCAAGCUCUUUAGUUGGGGAGGUGACGGAGCGCUUGUCCAAGAUUCUCAACUUUUCUAGCUUUGGCAUCAAGUUGGUGAGCUCAGGGACUAUCCUCGCGGACCAGCAGUCCUGGCAGGAGCUCGGGAAGCCACAAGAAAUCCAGCUAGUGACCCUACCCUUGGUGACUCAUUGCGAACGUGAUUUGUUGGCUGCCGUCCGUAGGGAAGACAUCUGCAAGGUUGAGAAGAUUCUGCAAAAGCCCCAUGAUGCCGCCUGCACCUAUCCGGAUGGCACACCCAUGUUAGUUGAAGCCAGCCGCAAAGGAAACCACGAGAUCGUGAAGCUACUACAUCGAGCACUUGCAGACAUAAACUCGACUGGUCGGAACGGUCGUACCGCCCUGUACGAGGCAAUUGCUGCCUAUGACCUUGCCCGCGGACACUUCGAAGUUGUGCACUUCUUGGUGGAUGCCGGCGCCAACACUGACCAGCCGGACUGGCUCGGGAACACUCCCAUGCAUGCAGCCGUCAGUGGUGGCAGUGGAUACAACACUGAGGUGCUUCGCCUCCUGCUCAAGGCCUCCGCUGACAUGGACCGGCCCAACAGCCAAGGGGUCACCCCCUUGCGAGCAGCGGCCCGCUGGGGCCACGUCGAAGACGUGGCUGCCCUCCUCGAGGCCCAGGCGGACCCCAACAAGGCCGACGCGGCCCAGGGAACGCCCCUUCUGGCCGCUGUCCUACGUGGCAGCGCCCGUAUGGUCCGCCUGCUAGUGGAGAAGCGCGCGCAGGUGGAUCAGGGCCAGCAGCAUGAAGCCCCGCUGCUGGCUGCCAUCCACUCGCAGCACGUGGACAUAGCACGCUGCCUUGUCGAGGUACAGGCAGAUGUGCGAAAGACGAGUUUCGAUGGCAUGACGCCCCUACAUGCAGCAGCUGCCCAGGGACAUCUGCCGAUGGUGCGGUUCUUGGUUGAGGCAAACGCCGGACCUGACGUGAAUAAGGCAGACUCCACUGGUGACACCCCACUUCUGUCUGCGAUCUGGCUUGGAUUCUCCGAGGUUGUCCGAUUUCUGAUUGAGUGCAGAGCGGAUACAGACCUUGCAGACAAGUCCAACAACACUCCCCUUCAUGCAGCAGCAACCCAGGGCGAUGUAGGCAUUGUUGGAUGCUUGAUUGAGUCACGCGCAGACCCAGAUCGCUGCAACGAUGAUGGUGAGACGGCCCUGUUCACGGCAGUUUGGUCAGACCAUGAGGAGCCUGUCCGUCAGCUCCUGACCGCAGGUGCUGACAUGCACAUGUUGGACGGAAAGGGCAGUAGCGUGGCCCACAUCGCUGCGCGCCUGGGCCGAGCUCCCCUCGUGAAGGCUCUCCUGGAUGCUGGGGCCGACAUGAAGCGACUGGACAGCCACGCGCUCAGUUUGCUGGAGGAAUUUGCUGAAGAGUCUGCCGAGUUUCCUGUUGAGCCACCACCUCCAUGCUCCUGA